CCGCCAGGGGCAGGCCUGGCCGGAGCAGGCGGGCGGGCUGGCCGAGGGCUGGGUGCCGCGGCUUCCUGCUCCUCCCCACUCCUCUCUGGAGUCCUGCGAAGGUCCUGAUUCCACCCCAAGUCCAGAGUCACUACUGUUCCCCAGCAGGGACACAUCGGGAGGCUGGCUGAGCCCCGCUCCCCGGGACAGGACAAGUCUGCUCAGAGCAACGCACAUCGGGUGGCCAGAGGCGGCACAGGUGCCACGGAGUGAGGGCGCAGGCUCAGUGCGGACACGGACUGCAGCCUCCGGCUGCACAGGCGCCCGGAGACCUGCUCUGGCCUCACAGACGCCUGGCUCACUUCCAGGAGCGCCACCUCUCUUUCUCAAGAUGCGUUUCCUGCUCUGCACGGGCUUCCGGGAGCCACGCAGCGCAUCCUGAGAGCCCGGCCACCCCCGGCGUCCCUGGCUCGGCAUGGAGCUGCCGCCGGGCACCUACAACGACACGGCCGCAGGGCUGGAGCUGCCGCGCACGCUGGCUAACGGCUCUGCAGCGCUCUCAGAGCGGCAGCAGUACGCCAUCGGGCUCUUCCUGUCCUGCCUGUACACCAUCUUCCUCUUCCCCAUUGGCUUCGUGGGCAACCUGCUCAUCCUGGUGGUGAACAUCCGCUUCCGGGAGAAGAUGACCAUUCCCGACCUGUACUUCAUCAACCUGGCGGCCGCGGACCUCAUCCUGGUGGCGGACUCGCUCAUCGAAGUGUUCAACCUGGACGAGCAGUACUACGACAUCGCUGCGCUCUGCACCUUCAUGUCGCUCUUCCUGCAGGUCAACAUGUACAGCAGCGUCUUCUUCCUCACCUGGAUGAGCUUCGACCGCUACCUGGCCCUGGCCAAGGCCGUGCGCUGCGGCCCGUUCCGCACAAAGCCUUGUGCGCGGGUGAGCUGCGGCCUCAUCUGGAUGGCCUCCGUGUCUGCCACGCUGGCGCCCUUCACGGCUGCCCACCUGCAGCGCAGUGAGGACGCGUGCUUCUGCUUCGCCGAUGUCCGGGAGGUGCAGUGGCUAGAGGUCACGCUAGGCUUCGUGCUGCCCUUCGCCGUCAUCGGCCUCUGCUACGCGCUCAUCGUGCGCGUGCUGGUGAGCGCGCACCGGCACCGUGGCCUGCGCCCGCGGAGGCAGAAGGCACUGCGCAUGAUCCUGGCCGUGGUGCUGGUCUUCUUCGUGUGCUGGCUGCCCGAGAACGUCUUCAUCAGCGUGCACCUGCUGCAGCGCGCGCCGCCGGGGGCCGCGCCCUGCCAGCGCUCCCCCCGCCACGCCCACCCGCUGGCCGGCCACGUGGUCAACCUGGCCGCCUUCUCCAACAGCUGCCUCAACCCGCUCAUUUACAGCUUCCUCGGGGAGACCUUCCGCGACAAGCUGCGGCUCUACCUGGAGCAGAAAAGCGGCCUGUCGGCCCUGAACCGCCUCUGCCACGCGGCCCUGAAGGCCGUGGUCCCGGACAGCGCAGAGCAGGCCGAGGUGAAGCUCAGCAGCACCGUGUAGGGGCCGCAGGGGAGGACGGCGCGCCCCGCGCGGCCCUGGGGCGUCUGUCCACCGGUGGCUCCCACAGAACCGCCCCCUGCCUCUGGCACAUGCUGGGCCCGGGGCAGAAGCUUCUGAAGCCCCCAAGGAGAGCAGAAAGGAGGGCGCCGGGAUGAGGCAGCCUUGUUUCCAGGCGGAUGUGCCGUGAACCCGCCAUCUCGGGGACGGAAGGCGCAGGCUGACGUGAGCUGGGGGUGUGGGGCGCGCUCCACGGCGGGUGUGCACCAGGCCCCCGCGCCUCCCUCCACACCUGGGGGAAACUUCCUGAAGGGUGGGCUGCGGCAGGCGUGUUAAGAACCUGCCUCUGAAACACAGUGGUGACAGUGACAACAUAGAGUCUUCCUGUUAAAAUGUAAGAAAGAAACCUAACAAGUCCCGGGCUGUUCAGCCUUUUGUCAAUAAAACUGUUGCCAAUGUCUCUGAA